GGCGCACGGAGACCGCGUGCCCUUAGGACUGUCCCCGCCCCGCGGCCGUACCUGUAGGCGCCGGGAGCCCGGGCAGCGGCGCGCCGGGCUAGGGUGGCGGGUGGCCCCGGGGACCCGGGAAGCGGGAGAAGGAGCCGGAGCCCGACCGGGAUGAGAAGGUGACGCCGCCGGGGGGCGCCACUCGCUUUGUGGGGGAAGAUGCUCGCCUACUGCGUGCAAGAUGCCACCGUGGUGGACGUGGAGAAGCGGAGGAAUCCCUCCAAGCACUACGUAUACAUCAUCAAUGUCACCUGGUCCGACUCCACUUCCCAGACCAUCUACCGGAGAUACAGCAAGUUCUUUGACCUGCAGAUGCAGCUUUUGGAUAAGUUUCCCAUCGAAGGUGGCCAGAAGGACCCCAAGCAGAGAAUCAUCCCCUUCCUUCCAGGCAAAAUCCUUUUCCGGAGAAGCCACAUCCGGGACGUAGCUGUGAAGAGGCUGAAGCCCAUUGAUGAGUAUUGCCGGGCACUUGUCCGGCUGCCUCCCCACAUUUCACAGUGUGAUGAAGUCUUCCGGUUCUUUGAGGCCCGGCCAGAGGAUGUCAACCCCCCAAAAGAGGACUAUGGCAGUUCCAAGAGGAAAUCAGUGUGGCUCUCCAGCUGGGCUGAGUCUCCCAAGAAGGACGUGACAGGUGCCGACACCAACGCCGAGCCCAUGAUCCUGGAACAGUACGUGGUGGUGUCCAACUAUAAGAAGCAGGAGAACUCAGAGCUGAGCCUCCAGGCCGGGGAGGUGGUGGAUGUCAUCGAGAAGAACGAGAGUGGCUGGUGGUUCGUGAGCACCUCUGAGGAGCAGGGCUGGGUCCCUGCCACCUACCUGGAGGCCCAGAAUGGGACUCGGGACGACUCAGACAUCAACACCUCCAAGACUGGGGAAGUGUCCAAGAGACGCAAGGCCCAUCUGCGGCGCCUGGAUCGCCGGUGGACCCUGGGCGGGAUGGUCAACAGGCAGCACAGCCGAGAGGAGAAGUACGUCACUGUGCAGCCUUACACCAGCCAAAGCAAGGACGAGAUUGGCUUUGAGAAGGGCGUCACCGUGGAGGUGAUCCGGAAGAAUUUGGAGGGCUGGUGGUAUAUCAGAUACCUGGGCAAAGAGGGCUGGGCGCCAGCGUCCUACCUGAAGAAAGCCAAGGACGACCUGCCGGCGCGGAAGAAGAACCUGGCAGGCCCAGUGGAGAUCAUCGGGAACAUCAUGGAGAUCAGCAACCUGCUGAACAAGAAGGCGUCCAGUGACAAGGAGGCGCUGCCUGCCGAAGGCGAGGGCCCAGAAGCCCCCAUUGCCAAGAAGGAGAUCAGCCUGCCCAUCCUCUGCAACGCCUCCAAUGGCAGCGCCCUGGGUGUCCCUGAGAGGACCGUCUCCAAGCUGGCCCAGGGCUCCCCAGCCGUGGCCAGGAUUGCCCCUCAGAGGGCCCAGAUCAGCUCCCCAAACCUAAGGACAAGGCCUCCACCUCGCAGAGAGUCCAGUCUGGGGUUCCAGCUGCCGAAGCCACCAGAGCCCCCUUCUGUUGAGGUCGAGUACUACACCAUUGCGGAAUUCCAGUCGUGCAUUUCUGAUGGGAUCAGCUUUCGGGGUGGACAGAAGGCAGAGGUCAUCGACAAGAACUCAGGCGGCUGGUGGUAUGUGCAGAUCGGUGAGAAGGAGGGCUGGGCCCCAGCGUCGUACAUUGAUAAGCGCAAGAAGCCCAACCUGAGCCGCCGCACGAGCACCCUAACACGGCCCAAGGUGCCCCCGCCGGCGCCACCCAGCAAGCCCAAGGAGGCCGAGGAGGGUCCAGUGGGCGCUGGCGAGAGCCAGGACUCUCCGCUGAGGCUCAAGUACGAGGAGCCUGAGUAUGACAUCCCUGCCUUUGGCUUUGACUCAGAGCCGGAGCUGAGCGAGGAGCCCACAGAAGAUGGUGGCUCGGGGGACAGGCGGCCAGCCCAGCCCCACAGGCCCUCGCCCGCCUCCUCGUUGCAGCGUGCCCACUUCAAGGUGGGUGGGUCUGCCGAGGACGUGGCCCUGGAGGAAGAGACCAUCUAUGAGAACGAGGGCUUCCGGCCGUGUGCAGAGGAUGCCCUGUCAGCCAGACGCUCCUCCCGCGACAGUGACUCUCCAGGCGGCUCCCCGCUGUCCCUUGCCAGGAAAAACUCCCCCAAAUCAGGCUCCCCCAAAUCGUCAUCACUCCUAAAGCUCAAAGCAGAGAAGAAUGCCCAGGCAGAAUUGGGGAAGAACCACUCCUCAGCCUCCUUUUCUUCAUCCAUCACUAUCAACACCACCUGUUCCUCCUCCUCCUCCUCUUCCUCCUCAUCCUUGUCCAAGAACAGUGGGGACCUGAAGCCCCGUUCUGCCUCGGAUGCGGGAAUCCGCGGCACUCCUAAGGUUGGGGUGAAGAAGGACACUGACCUGAAGGCUGGGCUGACCUCCUGUGCCCGUGCCAAGCCAUCAGUUCGGCCCAAGCCCUUCCUGAACCGCGCAGAGUCCCAGAGUCAAGAGAAGAUGGAUAUCAGCACUUUACGGCGCCAGCUGAGGCCCACAGGUCAGCUCCGGGGUGGCCUCAAGGGCUCCAAGAGCGAAGAUUCGGAACUGCCCCCCCAGACAGCCUUCGAGGGCCCCAAUGAGGGGUCCAGGAGAGGCUCGGCCGACCUCAUCACCCUCCCGGCUACCACCCCGUCAUGUUCCACCAAGAAGGGGCAGGAAGGGCAGGCCACCUCCUACACGACAUGUAGUGCCUACCAGAAGGUCCAGGACUCAGAGAUCAGCUUCCCCGCAGGCGUGGAGGUGCAGGUGCUUGAGAAGCUGGAAAGCGGCUGGUGGUAUGUGAGGUUUGGAGACCUGGAGGGCUGGGCCCCCUCCCACUACUUGGUGCUUGGCGAGAACGAGCAACCCGACCCCCUAGGCAAAGAGCUGGAUACAGUAACUGCCAGGAGCAAGCAGAAUGAGGGCAAGUCAGACAGCCUGGAAAAAAUCGAGAAGCGGGUCCAAGCGCUGAACACCGUCAACCAAAACAAGAGGGCCACACCACCCAUCCCCUCCAAGCCUCCUGGGGGCUUUGUCAAGACCUCGGGCGCCGGGGCGGUGAAGAUGAGGAAUGGUGUGCGGCAGGUGGCAGUGAGGCCCCAGUCGGUGUUUGUGUCCCCACCACCCAAGGACAGCAACCUGUCCUGUGCCCUACGGAGGAACGAGUCGCUGACAGCCACCGACGGCCUCCGAGGCGUCCGCCGGAACUCCUCCUUCAGCACUGCCCGCUCAGCAGCUGCAGAGGCCAAGGGCCGCCUGGCCGAACGGGCCGCCAGCCAGGGCUCAGACAGCCCUAUCCUGCCCACCCAGCGCAACGGCAUCCCCGUGUCCCCCGUGCGCCCCAAGCCCAUUGAGAAGUCCCAGUUCAUCCACAACAACCUCAAAGAUGUGUACGUCUCGAUCGCAGACUACGAGGGGGAUGAGGAGACAGCGGGCUUUCAGGAGGGCGUGUCCAUGGAGGUCCUGGAGAGGAACCCCAACGGCUGGUGGUACUGCCAGAUCCUGGAUGGGGUGAAGCCCUUCAAAGGCUGGGUGCCCUCCAACUACCUAGAGAAGAAGAACUAAUGGGGGCCGUGGGUCCUUCCAGCCUUAGUGUGGGUGAGCUGUGAGAUAAGACAAAGGGAAAGGGAAAAUGG